AUGUCUAUUGCUACCACAGCAACAUCAACAAAUACAAAUACAACUGUUGUUGACCACCCGCUCGCCGAAAAUGUAAGACCACUUUCGCCCACGCGAAGUCUUUUGGUUAGUUAUAUUAUUGAUUUGUACUCGUGUAAACCAACCAAAAAAAAAUUUAGUUUCUAUACUGAGGACGCAUUAUUUGAGGAUCCAUUCAUGAUUGCACCUGGACUAGCAAACAUCAAAGCCCAAUUUUACGGAAUAACCAAAAUAUUCUCAGAAUCCACCCCUAAGAAUUACAAAAUUGUGAAAAAUGAUGAAAACAUAAUUGAAAUCGAUCUCACUCAACGAUACCUUGUUGCAUUAAUCAAAAAGGAAAUUAUACAUAAUAGUUUUAUCCGAUUGGAAUUGGAUGCCGAUGAAAAGAUCGUAAAACAUACGGAUUUAUGGGACGAGAAACCUUUGUAUCACGAGGGAACCAUUGGUGGAAUUUCUUCGUUCUUUCGUAGAACAAAUGCUAAAAUUGUAUCAAAGUUGGUGCGUAUUCCGGAAACUACAAUUGAAAUAAACUAA